AUCUGACAAUCAUAGAAAGAAUGGUCAAACAUUCACCAACGAUAGUAAUACUCUGUCUUUUCUUAAAAGUUUUGUUAGCUUCGCCAAUUGACUUUCUAAGCGGCCUCCUUAUCAAAAAUAAUAUUUUUGAUGAUCGCGUACAGAUUGGAGGCCCUAUUGAUGAUGAAUUCCCCACGGUUGAAGAAGGAGCUGACGUUGCCAGAACUUUAGUCAAUAGAGAAUCUUUGGUUAAUGUCAAUACAUUUACCAAGAUCAAGGAUUCGGGCGACUCGGAGACUUUAAUUCCUGUUUCUUCAAUGGAAUAUUACGCCGAUUGUGAUAAUGAUGGGGACCCUUAUUGGUUGGUAAUUGAUAUUGGCUCUACUUUUCAAAACAUAAAGCAUGGUUCCGAAUAUACUUUCACUAUAAGAGCUGGUGACCAUCCUAGUGGCGAAAAAGUUGAUGAGAACUAUCCUGGGGGUAGAAGCUGGUCUCCAGCUGGAUCUCCUCGAGUUAACCUUCGGGGUACGUUGCAAAACGUCACUUUCGAGAACCCUCUUGAUCUCAUCCACUUGGAACACUGUUUCGUUAAAAGACAUCCUGAUGCCAAAUGGUGGUUACCAUCAAACGCAAUUACUCCUCAUAAAGCUCAUUGGGUAAAAUUUGUUGUAUCAGGGGUUUAUUUUGUUGGAGGUUUUGGUGAUCGUGCUUACAUUGGUCCAAUUGAUUCAGAAUUAUAUCAUUCAGCCAAAGUAGUUUAAUUUCUUUUAUUUCGAAGUAUUCUUUUAUAGGUAUAUAGCUUAACUUAUGGGUAGUUUUCACGACUUUUGA